AUGCCGUCUGCUGAAGUAUCAUCACCCUUGCAAGCAACCAAUAUAAAACAACUCCAACUCUACGACAUAGCCGCUCAGAUCUUCGAGGAGUCUCCGCAAAACCUCCCAUCUCUCCCAUUCCUCCCAUCUCUCCCUCCUGGCCACUUAUCUCCCCACUCCCCUCGAGGCCAUCUUCGAGUUCAGAAACGCUUCUGGCAGUUUAUUAUAAUCAGUGAUACUACUACAUAUGUCAGUUACGGGACAAUAGAAGAUGGGGGAAAGCUCAAAGAAAGAGCAACUCAGAUUAAACAGCAUCUGUGUAUAGAGAAUGCACAUGAAUUUAUUAACAACAUGAUUGAAGAAAAGAUUGAGAACGGCUAUGUUGGAUGGGCUGCAUGGUAA